AUGGCACACUUAUCGCCACCACCAUCACCCCCGGUAGGCCAAACACCACCGGCCGUUAGUGCGCUGAACGCACUGAAUGCUUCGUCGGCGAACCUUAUCCAACGUGCGUCUGCAUUUAGUUCUGUGCUGGGUCAGAAAUGGAAUCCGCGCGAUCUACUUCUGCUGUACAACCCACUGUUCUACUCUGGUGCUGCCUUUCCAUGGCCACAGUUCCUACUACCUCAGCAACCUAUUACACCGGUUUCGCCGAAUUUAAAUACUAGUCGCGACUAUACGCUUACACCCGAGAAGGAAGAGAUCGUCGAUGAGGAUAUGCCGCUCAAUCUGUCGAUGAAGCCGUCCACCUCCACACCAAAUGCUCGUCACACGGGGCUGACCCAUUCGAUCAACAUCUGGUCACCGGCCAGCAUGUGCGAGAAGGAAACGAUAGAUGGCGACAACCAAAGCAACAUCGACAUCGAGAAUGACGAUGACUCGAGCGGCGAUCUCCAGAUCGACGAGUCCUUCGACUCGCACACCAACCACCACCACCACCAUCACCAUCAUCAUCAUCCGCAUCAUCACCCUCAUCAUCUGCACCAAUCGCAGCAGCACCAGCAGGAACAGCGCGAUCGCCAGCGCGAGACGGCACGCAUUCUGACGGAGUACAACAGCUUGCUGCUGAACGGUGCCAGCAGACAGUCGGGCGGUUCCCGAACACCGCAGGACUACUUCAACUACAGCAAAAUCAGCAAAGGCUAUUUUACGCACCUGCAGCAGCAGCAGAAAAACCUGGAGAUACUGCGCCAAAAUCGGACCGAUCUGUUCGUGAUCAACGGUGGCACGGGUAACGAUAACAACAACAAGGAAGGUGUCAAGAACCAAAACACGGCCCACAGUGCUAGUGCGGGUGUGCGUAUGUGCGGUGGCAGCGUUAGUGCCGGGGUGGGAACUAGUGACAGUGAUACGACCGGUGAACAGUUCGGUUACGGCAAGUCGGAGGUGAUGGUUGGCUCCGCUGCUGCUGCUGCCGCUGCUUCCGCUCGACCCGAUUCCACCCAACCCCAUUCGGACAGUCCGUACGGAAGCUCGAACGAUUCUUCCUCCCAUGGCCAUUCACAUUCGAUCGUUAGUACACCGACGGGAGAGGGCAAGAAGAGUGUUAAGCUGUAUCAGUGCAAACAGUGCGGCAAAACCUUCAAACGUUCCAGCACGCUCUCGACUCAUCUGCUGAUCCACAGUGACACCCGGCCAUAUCCCUGCCAGUACUGUGGCAAGCGGUUCCACCAGAAGUCCGACAUGAAGAAGCACACGUACAUCCACACCGGUGAAAAGCCUCACAAAUGUGUCGUCUGUCUGAAGGCGUUCAGUCAAAGCUCUAAUCUCAUCACGCACAUGCGCAAACACUCCGGCUAUAAGCCGUUUUCGUGCGGGCUCUGCGAUAAGGCGUUCCAGCGCAAGGUGGAUCUGCGGCGGCAUCGGGAAGGUCAGCAUAACGAGCCCGGCACGGUUGCCAGCCCGAUCGAUAUGGUUCGGUACGAGGUGCCGAAGCUAAACCACAGCCACACGGGCAGCGAACCGGACGAUAUGAUGGAGGAGACCACCACCGUACCGGACUACCAUGCCGACAUCAAGAUGGAGCAGGUCAGCAGCAGUUGUUCCUGA